AUAAAAGUCCAAAAUAGAAAAAUACACAGAAUACAACCAGAACACAUAACAAAACCAUUACAACGAGUCAAUAGCCGUUUCCCAAUGUCAAGGAUACUUCCUUUGCAGGACUAAUCCUUACAAGUCACUUCCUUCAGAGGGUAGGCUAGGCUCCUCUGUAGCCUUCGGAGAACACAUAAAUGGAACAGGCUAGCAGGUGCACGUCAUUGCGUCAUUACGCCAUUGAAAAGGUCUGAUUUCAGCGCUGAAAAUGGAUGUUCAAACGGUCUGGUUGCUGUACAGCAUUUUGUCGGAGAUGGAAAUGGAGCUGGUGAGGCAGCAUCGGCGGCAGGCUCGCACUCGCAGGAGGAGAUUUUUACUUUGUCGCAACCUGUGCCGUCAAAGACGUGGGAUUGCUCGGCACUACUGUACCAUCAAUGUUACAGUGCCAGUACUGCAGCGGUACUACAGAGGGGAGGACACUACCCCAGACUUUAGGCUGGGCAGAGACGCCAUGCAACAGCUGAUGGUGGCCCUGAAGACUGACAGGCAGCAUGGAUGGGGUCCGACUCUGGAGACCCUUGUGUUCCUGUUCUGGCUGGCAUCCGGUUCAGCCUACAGAGUUGUCGCCAGGGCCUUUAGCAUUCCUAUUUCCACAGUGCACAGAGUUGUCCACAAGAUGGUGGAUGAGGUGGUGGCUGUGCUACAUCAAUUUGUCCGCUUCCCUCGCACACAGGAGGAGCUCCAAUUGGUCGGGGAUGGUUUUGCUUUAUUGGCUAAUCACCAAGCAUUUCGCAAGGCAGCAGGGGCAGUAGACGGCUGCCAUAUACGAAUAAAAUGUCCUGGUGGUCCUGAUGGUCACGAUUACAACAACAGAAAGCUGUUCCCUUCAGUGGUGCUCCAGGCAGUCUGUGACCAUCAGGGUCGCUUUAUUGACAUCUUUGUGGGUUACCCAGGAAGUGUGCAUGAUGCACGCAUUCUGAAGAACAGCCCCAUCUACACUAGGCGGAUUUACCCUCCGCCUUGGUACUUUCUCCUAGCUGACGGUGGCUAUCCAUGUCUCCAGGAACCCCUGGCCCUUAUCACACCAUAUAAGAGGCCAGUGAGAGGCAUGGCACAGCAAAGGUUUAAUUACCAUCAUUCCAAAGGUCGCAAAAUCAUUGAGCGUGCAUUUGGAAUGAUGAAAGUCCGCUUCAGGUGCAUCUUUUUAGAAGCACUUGAAGUACAUACACUGUUUGUCCCUAAGGUGGUGACGGCAUGUGUAAUUUUGCACAACAUUUGUGUUGGUGUCGGGGAUGUGCUGGAAGAGGUUGUGGAGGACGAGGACAACCAGCCACUUGUGGAGCUUGAUGGUGGGGAGAACCGAAGUGGAGCUGCUUGGCGGACUGCACUGACCAACGAGGUGUCUGCACUCAUCGAGGCACCUCUUGAUCAUGAUUAUUUUUGCCAGCCUUAAAGCAACAACAGCAGCACCGGCGGUGCUGUACGCAGUGUGGCUGAUGGGCGAUUGGGUCCUUUGGUGUUGUUGUACAUAGUUAUAAAUGUUUAAGUUGUUCUACAUAGUUGUAAAUAUUAGAUAUUAAUUUCCUGCUUCAUGUACAUAGUUGUGACUACAGAUUUGUUUAAAUAAAUGUGUUUAAUGUAACAAACAUGAAAUUAAGGCUUUGUGUCCAUCUCGGAAUCA